AAAUAUCUUCAAACAGAAAUAUCUAUUAUCUGGUGUAUUUGGAGACGAAAAAUUCAGGGAGAGAUAGGAUGCUAGCAUCAAUGUUUCCACUCUACAAGGUUUCAGUCCCAAAAUCUUGCCCUUUUGAUGGCCAUUUCAAUUCAAAGAAGUCAUCCAAUCCAAGGUUGAAGCAUAGAACCACCUUGAUCAGAUGUUGUCAACAAAGAGUAGGGGAGAGAGAAAGAACAAGAAGAAGAAUGAAGGAGAAUUACUAUGAAUUGCUUGGAGUUUCUGUUGAUUCAAAUCCCCAAGAAAUCAAAGAGGCUUAUAGGAAGUUGCAGAAGAAACAUCAUCCUGAUAUUGCUGGCCAGGAGGGUCAUGAGUAUACUUUAUUGCUGAAUGAGGCCUAUGGAGUGCUGAUAAGAGAAGAUCUCAGGAGAGAUUACGAUGCUUCCAUUGGUCAAGUUCGAUUUAGAAGGAAUGUCUCUGCCUCCGGCUUGGGUUAUAGUUCAUGGAGAGGGCCAUUAAGAACCCAAGCUCUAUUUGUUGAUGGAAAUGCUUGCAUAGGGUGCCGAGAAUGCAUUCACCAUGCAAGCAACACAUUUGUGAUGGAUGAAGCUACUGCAUGUGCUCGAGUUAAGGUUCAAUAUGGAGAUGAUGAUCAGAAAAUUGAGGUUUCAGUUGAUUCAUGUCCUGUGAACUGCAUUCAUUGGGUGGACAGUGAAGAAUUGCCUGUGCUUGAGUUCCUGAUCCAGCCUCAACCAAAGGAAGGGCAUGGUGUGUUUGGAGGAGGGUGGGAAAGACCUACAAAUGUUUUCAUGGCAGCUAAGGCAUUUGCAAAGCAGUUAAAACAGGAACCUGCCUCUGAUUUCAAUCAAAGAAAUGCAAGAGCGACUGCCGACGAAGAGACCCCAGCUCAAGUAGAGGCUCGAAUUAAUGCCAGUAUGAAGAUAAAGAUGGCAAGUUUCGUAAGGGUAUGGGAUUUCUUCAAAGCGGCUUUUAGCUCUGGUACUAUAGAUGGAGAGUGAUAAUUGCAGAAUAUAAAAGUAGAAGCUCCUAAAAUACUGAUGCCUUGACAGUUUCUCUAUUCAAGUUCAGUAAAUCAAGAAGUAAUGCAUUCAAGUCCAACACUGAGUGGCCUAGUGGCCAUUCCCCUUGGAGGGGAGGUGUUAGGACAUGAAGUCCUGGGUUCUAUACCCAGGCACUACUAACUCCCCACCCCCAAAAAUUCCCUAAGUUCAGAAAAAGAAGAAGAAGAAGAAGAAGAAGAAGAAGAAGGAAUGCAUCCGUGAUCCAUGUAAGGUAGCAGUGCUGAAGCUUGCCAAAUGUAAGAUAAACAGAACAUGGAUAGUAUAUGAUAA